UCGAAAUCCAAUCCAGUCUCACUUUGCAUUAAUCAACAGCCUGCCUUCCUCAAUGCGCUCGAGCCAACCACAGCAGCCUUACGCGGCAGCCUCCGACGGCAGCCAAAUCAUGCGGGGGCAGUGGAAGUCUGGUCUGUUCCACUGCUGCGACCACCCCGUGCCCAACGGUCUUAUGUGCUGCUGCUGCCCCUGCGUGCUGUUGGCGCAAGUGGUGGGCCGUCUGGGCUUAUUUGACUACGUCCUCACGCUCCUGGUUCUGUUCUUGCUGUCGUGCACGGGGUUUGGGGGCCUCGUGGUCGCUGCGUUUGUCGUGUACCUUCGCGCCCACGUCCGCCGGUGGUUUGGCGUGCCUGGCUCUGUCUUGGAAGAUAUUUGCGUCGGCUGCUGCUGCUGCGGAUGUGCGAUCGCUCAGAUGGCGACCCAUGUCGACGCGUAUACGCCCGGCAAGUGUUCGUUGGAGUCCAAGGAUGCCUUGCCCGGCUACCAAACGCAGUUUCAACACCAGUCCCCGCCGCCGCCCCACGCUGCCUCCACGUCAUACGACGCCCCUAGCUCCGCGGCCACGUAUUCGGCGGAACGCGUGUAG